AUGCAAACACUCGCGCAGUGGAAACUCAACACCAAAACUAGAUACAAGAUCAUCCCUAUUUCCGGUAGCGACGAUCGACACCCAAUCAUCCGCGUGGGUGGUGGGCCAUAUCAACUAUACAGUCCCCCUUUUCAUACUCUCCCCGACCUUGAAUGUCAUAUAGCACCACCUUAUGUCGUCAUAAAUGCAGGUCCCAAGUGUGUAGGUCAAGAUCUCACAGAAAUUGCACGUGUCUACUAUCAAUCUGAGGAGAGCACUGAUAAAAGAAACGAGCUCUUGUCCCAGCUACAACUCUUGUGCAAAACAUGGGCACUUUUUGAGGGUGCGAAGCAUGCAGCCAAGACUUGGGCAACCAAGCAGAGAAAAGAGCUGCGCUUCGAGACUCUUUUCUCUGCUGGUAAACGGAAGCGAGCACUGACCGAAAGUGCAGUCUUGCGACUGAGCCGACAGCAGGAGGUGGCUGAUGUAAAUAUGAUGGUCGAGGACUGGGUGGAGUCUGGUCGUCAUUGA